UAUUACUUCUACACUAUAUCCACAAGCCCCCCACUCAAAAACUCCAAACAAAACACAAAAAAGAAAAAGCUCUAUUCUAUCAACCAAAAAGAUAUGGCCUCAACAACAACAGCAGCCACCGCUCUAUCAAGCACAACCAUGAUGAGCACCUCCUUUGUAAGGAGACAGCCAACGGCAACCUCCCUAAGGGCGGUUCCGAACGUGGGACAAUCCCUUUUCGGCGGCCUAAAGGCUAGCCGAGGAGGGCGUGUGACAGCCAUGGCUGCAUACAAAGUGAAGCUAAUUACACCAGAAGGGGAUUCAGAAAUCGAGUGCCCCGACGACACCUACGUGCUGGACCAAGCCGAGGAUGCAGGAAUAGACUUGCCAUACUCAUGCCGGGCUGGGGCUUGCUCCUCAUGCAUUGGAAAAGUGGUUGAAGGUAAAGUGGACCAAUCAGACAAUAGCUUCCUUGAUGAUGAUCAAAUGGCUGAGGGUUGGGUUCUCACAUGUGUUGCUUACCCUCUUUCUGAUGUUGUCAUUGAAACUCACAAGGAAGAAGAGUUUGCUGCUUAAAUGUUCUGCAACAAAAGGAUUAAGACUUAUUAAGAGUUGAAUCUUUAAUUGGAUGCAACACCAUUUGUAGUGCUUGCUAGCUUAUUGGAGUUCUUUUUGUAUUUUUGUUUUAGUAGUGAAAGUUCUCUCAUAUUGAAUGUUUGCUCCAA